CAAAGUUCCCAUGUCAGACUACCCAGGUCGCAGCGCCUCCAGUCCCUCCGAGACCCUACCAGCUACCCAAAGUUCCGAGCAGGCAACGGUGUCUACAACGAGCUCGGACGAGGCCAUUGCACGGCAGCUACACGAAGAGCUCAACGGACGCCGCUACGUUAUCGCCCAGCCUGUGGUCCAGGCUCCGUUCAAUUGCGGGUCGUGCCAGACCCUUCACUCGGUGCAGAACCCGCGGGCCGGGUGUCAAUUCACCUGCACCGAGUGUGGCGCCAUCAACCUCAUCCACCCACCUCGCCACGUCAUCUUGGCGCGCGACACCUCGCCCGUCUUUUGCACCAUCAGCUAA